UUGGGCGGUGAAUGGAAAUUAUCCUCAUCUUGUGAUGCAUCUCUCACCAAGUCAAACUCAUCAACACAAGACGCCCACACCUCCCGGACCUUCUCUCCUCAUCCUUCCUUCCUUCCUCUCCUUAACCCAUCUUCAUUUGCCUGAUGCAUAGCUCUUGAUCCAUUACUAUACACAACCCAAAAUAUCAAAACGUAAUACAGCAUGUCUUGGUUCAGAAAUCUUUCCAGAUUUUCCGCCAUUAACGUCUCCCGGAGACAACCUGGUGUUAACGCCGACCCGUUUCUUCUAUCGUCUUUCAAUUUUUUCAGUUCCAACAGCAAUCCCGCUGCAGUAAAACCGUCUCUUGAGCCGGUUCAGUAUUCGGGCAUGGGACCUACGAAGCCCCAUGAGAAGCCGCGAGUGGUGGUGCUGGGUUCUGGGUGGGCUGGAUGCAGGCUCAUGAAGGGUUUGGACCCUGAAAUCUAUGACAUUGUUUGCGUCUCGCCUCGCAACCAUAUGGUCUUCACGCCUUUGUUGGCUUCCACUUGUGUUGGAACUCUGGAAUUUAGAUCUGUUGCUGAACCUAUUGCGAGGAUCCAACCCGCUAUUUCUAGGGAGCCCGGUUCAUAUUUCUUCCUUGCCAAUUGUACUGGAAUUAGUGCAGAUAAGCAUAUGGUUCAUUGUGAGACUGUUACUGAUGGUGAACAAACACUAGAUCCUUGGAGUUUUACGGUCUCAUAUGAUAAGCUAGUAAUUGCAUUAGGAGCAGUACCCACCACUUUUGGAAUUCAUGGAGUCAAAGAACAUGCAAUUUUUCUUCGUGAAGUUCACCAUGCUCAGGAAAUUCGUAGGAAGUUGCUUCUUAACUUGAUGUUGUCUGAUGUUCCAGGGAUUUCAGAAGAGGAAAAACAAAGGCUUUUACACUGUGUGGUUGUGGGAGGUGGUCCCACUGGAGUUGAAUUCAGUGGUGAGCUUAGUGAUUUUAUCAUGAGGGAUGUCCAUCAAAGAUAUGCCCAUGUGAAGGAUUACAUUCGUGUCACUCUAAUUGAGGCAAACGAGAUAUUGUCUUCCUUUGAUGUCCGUCUCAGGAAUUAUGCUGUCAAUCAGUUGACAAAGUCAGGAGUCCGUCUUGUUCGUGGUACCGUGAAAGAUGUUCAAGAUCAGAAGAUUAUCCUUAAUGAUGGCAGUGAGGUUCCAUACGGUUUGCUUGUAUGGUCUACUGGUGUUGGUCCAUCACCUCUUGUUCACUCUUUAGAUCUUCCCAAAGCUCCUGGUGGUGGAAGGAUUGGUGUUGACGAGUGGCUUUGUGUUCCUUCAGUACAAGACGUGUUCUCAAUAGGCGACUGCAGUGGAUUUGUUGAAAGUACAGGAAGACAAACACUUCCAGCUUUGGCCCAAGUGGCAGAGAGGCAAGGGAAAUACCUAGCAAACCAGCUAAACAGGAUUGGGAAAGCAGGAGGAGGCCGAGCAAAGAGUGGAAAAGACAUUGAUUUUGGAGAACCAUUUGUUUAUAAGCACCUUGGAAGCAUGGCAUCUGUUGGCAGCUACAAGGCACUUGUGGACCUUAGACAAAGCAAGGAGGCAAAAGGGUUAUCUCUGGCAGGAUUUAUCAGUUGGUUCAUUUGGCGAUCGGCAUAUCUCACACGUGUUGUGAGCUGGAGAAACAGAUUCUAUGUGGCAAUCAACUGGGCAACAACUUUGGUAUUUGGUCGUGAUAUCAGCAGGAUAUGAACUUCUAAUGGUAACUGCUAAACUGAUUCAAAGGUGAGACCAUGGCUUAACAAUCCGGAUUUUUUAUAUUGACAUGAAUAAAUGUAUAUAGCACAUACGAAUGAAUACAUAAAAGAAUGAUGUAAUACAUGUGAAGAUUUGAUAUGAGUCAUAGAGAUGAUUGCAUUCUUUUC